AUGAAUCUGUCAUACCCGGUAGGCGUUUAUGCGGUAAUAUUUUAUAGUCUUCAGUUCAUCUUUGGUAUUCCCGGCAACGUGCUCAUCAUCGUGGUUUAUUCAAGGAAGAAACGGAAGAUCAGUACGGACAUCCUGAUCAUCGCCCAGGGCACCAUCGACCUCGUCGCAUCCCUUCUCGCACCCAUCAACAUCCUCAAGUCAGUCUCUGACCGCUUCACCAUCAAGGCCAUCUGCCGUAUCGCGCUCUUCGGCAACAACUCACUCGCCUUCGCGUCGUUAUUUCUAACCGCAGCGAUCGCCUUCGACCGCUUCUUCUUCGUUUGCCGCCCAUAUGGAAAGCGGGCGUCGAAUAAACAAGCGCUGUGUCUGGCGGUUAUUUGCUGGAUUUUUGGAAGCUCACUCACAUGCACAAAGCUCAUCUAUGUGGAUGCUUAUGAAUCAAGGCCUGGUGAAUUGACGUGUCUUGUUGUGGAUACCCAAGAUUUCUUAGAUACCCUUGAGGCAUGGCUGAAGACAUCGGGUUUUGUAUUCGCUUUGGUGACAAGCGUUGUAAUGUAUGGGAGAAUAUACCAAACUAUCAAAAAGCAGGUCAAGAUCCAUGCACAGCUUGUAGGAGGGGUGUCAAACCAAAUGCACAAGUCUAGACUAUCGACGGAAGCUCUAACCGUGCAGAGUACAGAGCUACAACUACCAAUUGAGCCUCGGUAUAGCAGUCUUGUACAAUCAGUUAAAAGUGAAACGUUGGAUAAACGUAAAGACAACACGAACGAAGGAACCACGAGCAGUCAAACCCAACCAAAUCUCCUGGUUAUUAACAACGGAAACACAUCAGCUACCUUUUCGAUUUCGAAUACAAUUGAUCAUCGGUCACAGCCCCAACCUAAAGCGGUUUCCGUCGGACCUACUUGUCCGCGACCAAAACGAUCUGACCGCGGCGAGAACAGAACGACAAAGAUGUUGAUGGCAGUGACAACCAUUCUCCUUGCUUCAUGGUUACCACCCAUUGUCUUUUUCCAUCUUCGUGACAGCAUACUGGUGAUCAUUGAGGGUUCUAUCGCUGCUGAUACUCUUGUUUACAUCGGCAAGAGUCUGCCAGGCAUCAAUCACAUUAUUAACUAUUUUGUGUUUACUUCCAUGAACAAGAGUUUUCGUAUGGAUUGCAAACGUCUGUUCAGAGCCUGA